UGGUUACGUUUUCAGCGAGAAAACAUGUAUACGUAAUUCACGGUGUGAUGCAUGACAUUUUAUGCGUAACUUGAAAAUUUGAAACGAAGAAAUGCUUACAAAAGUUGCCAUCGCCGGAGGAGUGGUGGCACUUGGUGGGGCUUGGUAUUUUACCCAAAGACUGCAGAAUGACAUAAAACAACAAGAUCACUACAAGCAAUCUGUCAAGUUGUUACGAGAUUAUAAACCUGCGCAGGAAGCAUUCGGGAAACCGAUCAUUCCACUGUCUUUGGAUCUCGCCAACAAAGACAUUUAUAUGGAUGAGAAGGAGGCCAGGCUAGUCAUACCUUUAAGAGGCCCAAAGGAUAAAGGAACACUGUACACAUGGGCCACUAGAGAAAAACCUGGGCUGAGCUGGAAUAUUGACCAGUUAGACCUAGAACUGAAGAGCUCUGGACGAAGAUGGACAUUUUACAAAACUAACACAAAGCCCUCUUCUUGACAGUUUUGGGGAAAGCAACAAAACUUAAUGCAAAAUGGUUGUGUGGACAUUUUCUCCUGGUGAUUCAGUUGAUGGAUACUAUGAUAUUCAUGCAGGUUUCUUUACCUGCCGAUUGGAAUGCAGUUGUGGCUUUACUGAGAUGUGGUCUCAACUGCGAUUGUGCGUGUGGAAGGAAAAUAGCUAUAGAAAUAAAACAACCCAAACCACAGAAAUUAACCACUUAGCAUCGUGGGGAAUGACUUGUGAUCGAUUGAUAUAAAACGCCAUAAACAAGAGUAUUUCGCUCAUGAGUGGAGAAAAUCAGAAUGCUCGUAGUAAACCACUGUCUUUUGGCAAGUGACUGACAUAUUUUUUACAUGUCACACACACGUUUUAACAUACAGUGCGUUCAGUGUACAUGUGUGCCAUAUUUCUCUGAUUGUACGUGGAAAGACCUGCCAGCAACAUGCGGAUGGACGUGGGUUUCUCUUGGGCUCUGCCCGGUUUCGUCCCACCAAAAUGCUCGCCGCCGUCAUAGAAGUGAAAUAUUCUUGAGAAGGGCAUAAAACACCAAUCAAACGAAUAAAAAAGUAAAUGUGUGCCAUAUUGAUGAACAAGGGAGGUAAUUGAUCUCCAACCAACUUCAUGUAAGACGACACUAUUAGUCCUAUGAGUGCUUUUGCACCAAGAUGACCAAGAACAGUAGAGGGAGGAUGGUUUUAAAUACACCACUUCAGAGGCUUGGAUUGAAGCAACAAUUUAUAGACAAGUGUCUCAACCAUUUCCGCAAGACCCGAUGUUGUAAUGUUUUGUGUAGUCUUAUACGACAGACU